AUGCAGAAAGUCUACAAAGUCCUCAUCAAUGAUUGUAGAUUGGAAUAUUAUAUCGCCUCCCAUAUCCACAUACGAUGUCGUUGUCUUGCCAAUCCGCAGCCCGCAGCUGCGUCCGAUCUCUCCGAUCUUCUUCCUCCAUCCGAAUUUCCACAGCCUCGCUUGCACAGAGAAGAAAUCCUUCAGCACGAUGGGCAUCAUCAGAGACGGCUGCCGCGAACCCAAAGAUUUCCGGGAUUGUGGACCAGAUCAGUCAAUUGACUUUAUUAGAGACAGCUGACUUAGUUGCCAGUUUGAAAGUAAGUUAACGAUUUCAAAUCUAUGUGUUUGAAGAACUCUGGGGCGGUCGCUGAUCAGCUCAUUUUCUAGUCACGACUAAAUAUUCCCGAUAUGCCAAUGGGAGGAUUCGCUGCUGGUCCUGCCCCAGUCGCUGCACCGAUUGAGGAGGAGGAUGCCGCACCAGUACAACAAGAGAAGACUUUGUUCAACCUGAAGUUAGCUUCAUUUGAUGCGGGGGCAAAACCUAAGAUUAUCAAGGAGAUCAAGAGCAUGCUGGGAUUAAGUUUGGUGGACAGCAAAAAGUUCGUCGAGAGUGCGCCUAAGAUGAUGAAGGAGGGUGUACCAAAGGAUGAGGCCGAGAAGAUCAUUGCGACAUUGAAGGAACUGGGGGCUGUCGUUACCAUGGAAUAAAAGCUUUGAUGAGGGGUUGCUUAAGCUGCAGGAUUCGAAUUCGGCAUGUAUCAAUAGAGAUGUGUACAAAAUCUACUUCUCACCCAGGCAUACAUUGGAAAAUAUGCACAGCGGGUUGCAACACUUUUUGCGAACCAAAAAGUGGCUAGUCACCAGGGAGUCCUCGAUGUCAAAUUUGUUGUGUGGAUGGCAUUAAAGUGGAUGCAAAACUUGUCGAAUUAUGGAUAAAUCCUAUAUGCCCCGCGCUCCAAUGAAAACGAUGAUUUAUGGUCAACCUUCACAAAAGAUUCAGAAAUUUGGGAGAGGCACAGAUUUAUAAACUCCUGAACAGAUGAGCAAUCAAUACCUCCAUUAUCACAAUUGUCAAUGAAUCUCCUGCAACAUCACCACAUUUAAAUAGUUGAGUCUCAAGUGACCAUGGCAACCAUGUUCUUCGCUAAAAGCACAAGUAGUCUUGUAUCCGAGGUGUGAAUGAUGAACAACGGCAGAGGCAGAAGCUUUGCAGAUAGAAUGAUCUGGAUGAAAGAUAAUAUAAAGGCAAUAGCACCGUUCAUUAUUUUGAGUAUUUUCAGGGUGAUUGAUUAUCAAGGAGUGUUUUAAGUAUCCCCACGAUGGAGUGUCCAGUAGUAGUCUGAACUAGCAAAUUAGUAGUCAA